CGCCAUUUUGCCGGGCAAAGUGAGUGCUCGAGUUGGCACUCUAGGAAAACGUUUUCUGCGACGGUGCAUACAGAUAAAUGGAACACGUGUCUAGGCGUACGUAUAUAAACCACAUGACCGCGGGGACGUUAGUCAGGUUAGCUGAUCCAAACUGUUUGCAGUAGUCAUUUUUAAGGUCGCAAUAUAUAUAUAACCUGUCGAUUAAAGAAAAGCAUGAGAUCAUUCUUCGAACAUUCCGUCUUUUAAUACCAUUAGUACCGGUUAUAUCGUGGAAAGCUUUAAAAGUGUCGAGGGAGAAAUGGGACGAGCAGUCGUAAAAUGGAUGAGGAAAGCUUAGGACGUUGUAAGAUUGCAAGAAACGCCGCAGGGAAAAAUGAGUGAAAAACAAAAUUUCAUUGGUUAUUGGUUACCCGAGAGAAAGCGGCAAAAAUACAAUUGGGCGGAUUUUGAGAAUGCCUGUGCCGAACGUGGAUUUAUACUUAAAAUGAUCGACGUUAACUCUAAUUUAGAGUCUCAGGGACCAAUUCAUGUUUUUCUACAUAAGCUUACCGAUACCCUUGCACUAGCUGAAAGUGGUGAUCAAAAUGCAGGAGUCAUCGUUACGAGAAUACAGGGAUACAUUCGCAAGCAUCCUGAACUGAUAGUGAUAGAUCCUUUGGAGAACGUUAAAAAUUUACGCAACCGACACAAGUCCUAUGAAAUAAUACAAGAUGGAUUCCAGUUCAAUGAUGUGUUCACUCCAAACUUCAUAGAAAUAAAGUCCAAGAGUAUUCCUGAAAAUGUAUCCCUUUUGAAGCAGAACAACAUCAAAUUUCCAUUUAUUUGCAAACCUCUCGUUGCUCACGGAUCUAAGGAUGCACAUAAGUUGGACUCUGGAACAUCUAAUAGCUUAUUAGCUGCUGCGAAGCACUUGGCUGACAGUGAAAUAGAAUUAAUAAAGACCAUAGAAAGUGCCACAACAAAUCCUCAAGAAGUCAUAAAGGAAAACAUGUCCGCGACAUCCAAAAAAUCUCAUGGACAAAAAAGGCAUCCACCAAUCAAACCAUCAGCUGCUCUGGUAGCAGCAAAACGUGACGCUGCACAACGAAAACGAUUGCAAGGCAAGAAAUCUGACAAUACCUUUGUUCGUGAUAUUUAUCACAGAGCAAUAGAAGCAUUAAACAUGACACGAAAAGCAACUGGACUUGUUUUUGACCUUUCGAUGGACGAACAUCGAUGUCUUUGGGAUGAAGGAUAUCCAGAAUGUCCGGAGAGAUUCACUAGAGUGUUAGAAAGGUGUAAGGAACUAGGCCUUGUAGAAAGGUGUAAGCGUAUUGAAUCGAGGCAUGCCACAGACGAUGAAUUACUGUUGAAGCAUACACGAACACAAAUUGAUUUUUUAAAAGCUACAGAAAAAUGUAAUGAUGUAGAGAAAUUAGAAAAAUUGUCAUCGAAGUAUGAUGCAAUUUAUAUUCAUCCAUCUACGUAUGCGACGGCUUUGUUGGCUACUGGAUCAACAAUAAACUUGUUGGAAAAUAUUUGUAAAGGAGAGGUGCAAAAUGGAAUGGCUAUUAUUAGACCACCUGGUCAUCAUGCAAUGAAGGCAGAAUAUUGUGGCUACUGUUUUUUUAAUAACGUCGCAGUCGGUACUCAGAAAAUAUUAAAUAGUAAUUUAGCUAAGAAAAUUUUAAUUGUCGAUUGGGACGUACAUCAUGGCCAAGCAACUCAACAAAUGUUUUAUGAUGAUCCUCGUGUUGUCUAUUUUUCAAUUCAUCGUUAUGAAUAUGGAAAAUUCUGGCCAAAUUUAAGAGAAUCUGAUUUUCAUUAUGUUGGAGAAGAAAUGGGCAAAGGUUAUAACUUUAAUGUACCUCUUAACAAAACUGGAAUGACGAAUGGGGAUUAUUUUGCAAUAUUUCAUCAGGUUCUAUUACCGAUGGCAUACCAGUUUCAACCAGAUCUUAUAAUAAUCUCAGCAGGUUAUGAUGCAGCACUCGGCUGUCCCGAGGGUGAGAUGGAAGUGACCCCAGCAUGUUAUGCACAUUUAUUGACGUCUCUUUUAAGUUUAGCUAGUGGAAGAGUGGCAGUGAUAUUGGAGGGUGGAUAUUGUCUGAAAUCCUUGGCAGAAGGUGCAGCUCUGACAUUACGUGCUUUAUUGGGUGAUCCAUGUCCAAUGUUGCAUACAUUCGAACCUCCAUCAAAAAGCAUACGAGAAACGAUUUUAAAUGUCAUUUACGCACAUAAACCUUAUUGGACUUGCUAUCAAUAUCAAGACACAUACAAUAUUGAUAGCGUGACGAGUAAUGCUGAGGAAAAUAAUAACAGGCACUUGCCAGCUGUCAUCUACCGAGGGGACGAAACUAAGCCAGAUUUUUAUGAAACUAGAUCAUGUUACCCGAUACAAAGUAAGGAGACUGUACAACAAAUUGAGAAAAAAUUGAAUGCUUUGAUCCAGUUUUCGAAUUUGAAGAAAUCGCCAAAUCGAGUGUGCAUUGUAUAUGAUGAGAGAAUGUUGGGGCACAUAAAUAUUUCGGACGAUACUCAUCCAGAGAAACCUGACAGAAUUUCUGCCAUUUACUCGAAGCACGAGGAGAAUGGAUUACUUAAACGAUGCCAAAUAUUACAAGGAAGAAUGGCAACCGAGGAAGAACUUUUACUUGUGCAUUCGAAAGAAUACAUAGAGACAAUAAAAAAGACAGUUGACUCGAAAUUGAAAGAUCUCGUAAAGCAAGCUUCGGAUUUAAAUUCUAUUUAUCUACACCCAGAAACCUGGACUAGUGCAUGUAUUGCUGCGGGUUCUGUACUACAAGUUGUUGAUAACGUAUUGAAUGGAGAAAGCCAAUCUGGCGUAGCAAUUGUCAGACCCCCGGGUCAUCAUGCGGAGGAGGAUCAUCCAUGUGGAUUUUGUAUUUUCAACAAUGUCGCCCUGGCUGCAAAAUACGCUGUAAAGUGUCACGAUUUAAAGAGAGUGCUCAUAGUGGAUUGGGACGUUCACCAUGGAAAUGGUACUCAGAAUAUUUUAGAGUAUGACUCGAACGUUCUAUACGUAUCGGUCCAUCGAUAUGAUAAUGGCAGUUUCUUUCCGAACUCCAAGAAAGCAAAUUACACAGUGGUCGGUUCUGGUCCUGGGGAAGGGUUCACGGUCAAUAUUCCAUGGAAUAAGAAAGGAAUGGGCGACGCCGAAUACAUAGCAGCAUUUCAGCAGAUUGUGAUGCCCAUAGCAUACCAAUUUAAUCCACAAUUAGUAUUAAUAUCAGCAGGCUUUGAUGCUUGCAUCGGUGACCCUCUUGGAGGUUGUAAAGUAUCACCAGAAACGUAUGGACACUUAACCCAUUGGUUAUCGUCGUUAGCCAAUGGUCGCGUCAUAAUUACUUUAGAAGGUGGAUAUAAUGUAAAUUCUAUCGCAUACGCGAUGACUAUGUGCACUAAAGCACUUCUAGGUGAUCCUCCAAUUAUGUUGGAUACUUGCCAAGCACCUUGUGCAAGCGCUAUUAAUACCAUAAAUAAUGUUCGAAAAACCCACAAGCAAUAUUGGCUUAAUUUAGGGUUCCAAAUGUCGCUACCGAAAGAAAAUGUGCUCGCCAAAACGAAAGUCUCUCAUGCAAAGUCUAACGAUCGCCAUAAGAUUCACGGGGACUCGAGCAAUAAGUCAGAAUCUAAAAUAGCUUUUGAAAAGAUAGAAAAUGAAAAGCUGGACUUGAAGUUACGCUUCGAUAAAAGCAGCUUGAACAUGGUAACGGACGAAGAGAUUUUGAAGCUUCAGAAUGAGGUUGAGAACAUGAAAAUUAAAAAUCUAGCACAUACCAAAGGUGCCGAAGAGAUCGUAGGUGAUCAAGCAAAAUCAGCUGCGAAUGCUCCUAGCCUUCUGGCCAAAAGUUUUUCUUUAGGUAGGGGAUGUCCUAAAGAAGUUGUAAAUAAGAAUGAAAGAGAUAUAAAUCGUCAAGGAGGCUCAAGGGCUGGCAGUGAAAAUAUUGAUGACGAACCUGCCAGCAGUAGCAGUCAGAAUAAUUCACGACAAUCGGUUUCUACUGGAAACUUAACGGAUUAUUUAUCUGAGAAUUUGCAGGCUUUGGUGGACGGAGAAAUGUUCGCAAUUGUGCCACGAAGACAAUGUCCGCAUUUGGCAGAUGGUGUCAGAGAUGUGCCGUCUACUGGCAUUGAUGUACAUUUGCCAUGUCAAGAGUGCAGCAGUACCGCUGAAAAUUGGAUUUGUCUACGGUGCUACACGGUGCAUUGCGCACGCAAUAUUAAUGAACAUGCGAUACAACAUGAUCGCCAGUUGGAUCAUCCUCUAACGCUCAGUUUCUCCGAUUUGUCCGUUUGGUGUUACAGAUGCGAAGACUACAUCGACAACCCGCGAUUGUAUCAUGCAAGAAACGCAGCUUAUCGAAGUAAAUUCAAUCAAGACCUUCCAUGGACUUACGAUGAAUUAACAGAUCAAAGAACUGCUUAAGAGCAACACUGUCUCAAUCCAUUAUAUUUUUCUCCGCUGUGUAUAGAGAGAAAAUUGUGGCAUUUUUGCAAGAAUAUUUGCUACGAAUCUAUUACCGAAUUAGUCCACCUCCAGAAUAAGACAGACACUAUUUAUUUAUUUUUUAGAUGAGAAAUGAUAAAACUCUAUAAUUAUUUUUCUACUACUUCAACAUUUUGCACCAUUUGAAUAGUUCUUGUAAUGAGACCUAUGUCAUUCGAAAGUAUCGGUGGAAUACAUUAUUUUAAUUCAUGCAUUGCAAUAAUUAUCACUUGUUGCAUGAAUGUAAAAUCUCUAAAUAUUCGAAAACACUGAAAUCGAUAGGCACUAUCCCACAAAUACUUCUUUGUUGAUAGUAUGACAAUAAAAAAAGGUUCUAGUUGCUUUUAAAAAUCGUAAUGUUGCCAGUUUAGAUAAAAUGUGGCAAUAUGUGUCAACUUAAAGUAAUAUAGUAUACAUAAUAAUUCUCCAACAUGGCAAUAUAAUGUUAUAUAUAUUAAGAACUAUCACGAUACCUACACAAAAAAGGCAUAAUGUACAGAACUUUUCAGACAGGCUUAACCAAAUACUAAAGAUAAUUCGCGGUUUAAUAAUGUAAUAAAACAUACUAUUGUAUCAGUCUUCCUCAUAAACAUAUUGUUCUUAUUAUAUGAAUAAAUUAUCAGUAUUUCCGUA